UGGUUCAUUCAAAACCACACGGAUCGUACCCAAAUAGUUUUUAAUCGUCGAUUAGUUCUCAAUCUAACGGCUCUCAUUCCCCUCUUGCUCCACUCCACAUCUUACAUUACCGCCGCUAUAAAAUACAGAAACAUCCCAUUGUCUUCUCAAUCUUCUUUCGUGAAUUCCAAUUAAGAUCGACUUGUUUUAAAGCUAAGAAAUUCAUUGGUUCGAGGCAAUGGAUGCCGGAGCAAAAGUAAAGAAGGGUGCUGGAGGAAGAAAAGGCGGUGGCCCGAAGAAGAAGCCUGUUUCAAGGUCCGUCAAAGCAGGGCUUCAGUUCCCGGUUGGAAGGAUCGGCCGUUACUUGAAGAAAGGAAGGUAUUCGGAGCGGGUCGGAACCGGAGCUCCAGUUUACCUGGCUGCUGUUCUUGAGUACUUAGCCGCUGAGGUUCUGGAAUUGGCUGGAAACGCAGCACGCGACAACAAGAAAAACAGGAUCAUCCCAAGGCACGUGCUGCUUGCCGUGAGGAACGACGAAGAACUCGGGAAGCUUCUCGCCGGCGUCACCAUCGCUCACGGUGGCGUUUUACCCAACAUCAACCCUAUUCUUUUGCCAAAGAAAACGGAAAAGGCCGCCUCCAAGGAACCCAAAUCUCCAUCAAAGGCUACUAAGUCUCCUAAGAAAGCUUAGUUUAAUUAAGAAACUUCGGUCGUUAGGCCUUCUUUCCUCUUAGUUGUAUGUGAUUUUGGGUUCUGUAGGAUUUUGUUUAUCAUUGUUGAUGUGCAACGGAAAAGAAGUUUCAAGGAAAAUUGAAGAUAUUGUUACUGUUAGAAUCCCAUUAUCAUGUAAUUGAUUUUAAUGGAAAUGAAACUACUUGUUUCUGUUCUUUACACAA